AUGGCGUCGCCAAAACAAGCCGAGCUGCCCACCUUCUCGGCGCUCGACUACUCAAAGUUCUUUGGAGCCGGCGCGCUGGCCGCAAUGUCCACACAUGGGGCAGCCACCCCCAUCGACGUGGUCAAGACGCGCAUCCAGGUGGACGACGCCAUGAAGGGCCUCAACAUGAUCAAGGCCGGGCGGUCCAUCGUGGCCAAGGAGGGCGCCAGCGCGCUGCUGACGGGCUUCGGCCCGACGGCGGUCGGCUACCUGGUGCAGGGCGGCGCCAAGUUUGCCGGCUACGAGUUCUUCAAGCGAACAUUUGUCGGCAUGGCGGGCGGGCCGGGCGAGCGGGCCACACGGAACCGCACGGCCAUCUACCUGGGGGCCAGCGCGUCGGCCGAGUUCUUCGCCGACAUCCUGCUGUGCCCGCUCGAGGCGACGCGGAUCCGGCUCGUGUCGCAGCGCGGGUACGCCGGCGGGCUCGCGUCCGGGUUCGCGCGCAUGGCGCGCGAGGAGGGCCUGCGCGGCUUCUACUCGGGCUUCGUGCCGCUGCUGUUCAAGCAGGUGCCGUACGCGGUCGGGCAGUUCGCCGUGCACGAGGCGGCCGUCGAGGCCAUCUACCGCGGGUUGGGCCCGGAGCGGACGGCGGCGCUGACGCAGCUGCAGUCGACGGGGGUGGAGCUGGCGUCGGGCCUCGCGGCCGGGGUGGCGGCGGCGGUGCUGUCGCACCCGGCCGACACGCUGCUGUCGGCCAUCAACAAGGGCGCUGGCGACAGGCGGCAGGGCACGACGGCGCGUAUGCUGCAGCUGGCGCGCGAGUUCGGGCCCAGGCGACUGCUGACGACGGGCCUGGGGCCCAGGGUGGUCAUGACGUGCGGCCUGGUUGCGGGUCAGUUCGUCAUCUACGCCCAGUGCAAGGCGCUGGUGGGCGCGCCGCCAGGGGUGGAGAUCCACAAGGUUGAGGAGGAGCAGUUGAACUGA